CUGCCUGCAUCAAAACAGCCCUUCUUGUUUUGACAAACACAAACAAACAUUAUGCAUUUUGCACAAAUCAAAGCAAAAAGGUUUUAUAUUUUAUUGUUCUUGAUUUUGGGUUCCUUUAUUUCUGGAUAUUGUCAUCCCAUUUUGUUUCUUUCUUGACAAUCCAACACCAUCUGUUUCUUCAUAAAAUGUAUAAAACAUCAGACACCAUUUUAAGGAAAUGAACAAUGAAAACGUCGUAUGGUCUUUUCGGUUGUUGAAAAUAUGAUUAUCGAUUUGGUUGUAGGGCUCACGUUCUUGGCAAAAAGGAAGGUUUACGAUUUGAGUUGAUCAAAAAUAAUCGAAAGAUGGGAUUCUGAGGUGCAAAUAGACAGAAGAAUGAACAAAAAACUGAGUAGCAUUAUCAAGGUGAAGAAAUCACAAGCUGGUGCAAAGAAAAGGGCAAACAGCAUAUUCUCAACAAUGUCUGUUGCCCAUGUGGACGACGAUGACAUCAUUGGAAAGCCAACCAAAAUGCAGGGAGAGACGAUAUCCAAAGGGCAUAAGAAUUAUGACCUCAUGCUUAAUUUGCAGCUUGGAAUAAGAUAUUCUGUAGGAAGAGCUGCUCCAGCUACAUCCCUUGAUCUGAGAGAUACAGCUUUUAAUCCCAAGGAGAAGAUAUGGACUCGAUUUCCUCCGCAAGGAUCAAAACAUACUCCGCCUCACCAAUCGUCUGCAUUCAAAUGGAAGGAUUACUGCCCCUUAGUUUUCAGGACAUUAAGAAAAUUGUUUAAGGUGGAUCCAGCUGAUUACAUGAUAUCCAUAUGUGGAGAUGACGCCCUUCGGCUGCUCUCGUCUCCUGGAAAAAGUGGAAGCUUCUUUUACUCGACCAAUGAUGACAAAUACAUGAUUAAGACCAUGAAGAAGUCAGAAGUAAAAGUGUUGAUAAGAAUGCUUCAAGCUUAUUACAAUCAUGUACGAGCCUUUGAGAAUACCUUAGUAACAAAAUUUUUUGGCCUUCAUUGUGUGAAGAUGAGUGGACAUGCACAAAAGAAGGUGAGGUUUGUUAUAAUGGGAAAUUUGUUUUGCUCUGAUUAUGCUAUACAUCGACGUUUUGACUUGAAAGGUUCUUCACAUGGUCGUUUAACUGACAAACCUGAAUCUGAAAUUGAUUCAACAACCACUCUCAAGGAUCUUGAUCUGAAUUAUAUAUUCAGAUUGCAGAAAUCUUGGUUCCAAGAGUUCUGCAGGCAAGUGGACAGGGACUGCAAUUUUCUCGAGCAGGAGAGAAUUAUGGAUUACAGUCUUUUGGUUGGGAUUCACUUUACACAAAUGUCACGUACUGGCGAACCACCGCCAACAAUGGAGGCUAGUAUUUCCCAAGUGCAAAGUCCUAGUGGGAAUGGAGACGAAGGCAGUGAAGAAACAGCUCCAGAGCUAUCUAGAUUAGGUAUGAACAUGCCAGCACGGGCUGAACUGGCGACAAGAAGAACUGAUAGUGAGCUUGUUAUGGAACCAACUGGUGAAUACUAUGAUGUCAUUCUGAUCUUGGGUAUAAUUGACAUAUUGCAAGAUUAUGAUAUUAGCAAGAAGCUUGAACAUGCAUACAAGUCAUUCCAUUAUGAUCCAAAUUCAAUAUCUGCAGUUGACCCGAGCCAGUAUUCUAGGCGUUUUCGUGAUUUCAUAUUAAGAAUCUUCAGACAAGACACUACUUGAAACUUGUAGGAACAUGUAUUUAAUGAUUCAGUUCUACUGCAAAUGUACAUGAAGAAUAGAAGAUGUCCAAUAUUUUUGUUCCAGAAGUUGAGGAGAGUAUACAGAUUCCAUUGGAAGCAAGGCAUCGUGUUUAUACCUUUCAGAAUUUUGCUCCAAAAUAAAAUCUAAUGCGCAUGUAGUUUCUAACAAAUGAUGCUUGGAUUGGAUACAAUUUGUUUAACAUAUUGGAUCAUGUGUAAAGUCAAGUUGAUUCAACUUUUUUUGUGAAUAAUGCUUAGUCAAGAGAGAAAGUGACAGGAAUUUAGUCAUCUUUUCCUAUUUCAGACUCUCUCCAAAUUUAUGCAACUUUUUUUUUUCAUGAA